GCGGCGGGGCCGGGGGAUAUACAGCGAGCCGCCUCCGGGCUGGGGGCGAGGCCGCCGCCUGGCCCGGGGGCACGGCCGGGGUGUGCGGUUAUUUUUGGCCUUUUGCGUGGAUGGCUUCAGAGAAUGCUCCAAGCAUAGGGAAUGAAGUGGAAGUCAGCUGAAUUCUCUUGUGCACUACUGAGACGAAAUGACAUUCACAUCCGUGGUGAAUGGAAGUCAUGUCAGCGUCUAACAUGGGAGGGAAAGAUAUGAAUGGACAAUGUGGCGUGACUCGUUCAGAUUGCAAAUCUUCUGCCUACUUAUGGCAGUACUGGCUAUUGUGGUCCUGGUCCAUAAUUUUUUUCAGUUAGAGCACCUGGAUCAUGACACAGUUUCAGGAUCAAAUUGGAUAACAGAAAACAAUGUCCAGCAUUCUCUAUCACAGACAACCAAAACUACCAGGAAGCCUUACUGUGGUUAUAAGCAGCAGCUUUUGUCCAAAAGAGAACAAGCGGAACAGGAAUCGUUGCUUGCUGCAAUACAGUGGCCAAAACCGUCAGAUGGCAAAAUUGACUUUAUACAGAGCACUGAUCCUGCACAUAGUGACUUCGUGAUUGUGAAACCCAGCGGGUUCUUCAAGGUGGGUGAUCAGUUAGAGGUGCUUGUUCGUAUGAAGGAUUUCCAAGGAAAACCCAAGCACUAUGGCGGAGACUACCUACAGGCACGAAUUCACUCUCCUCUGCUGAAAGCUGGAGCAACAGGAAGGAUUGUAGACUGCCAUAAUGGCCUUUACAAAGUCUUCUUUACCUUGCUUUGGCCAGGAGAAGUCAAAGUUUCUGUGUCACUUGUCCAUCCGAGUGAAGCAAUCCAAGUCCUCCUGCGUUUACGAGAAGAAAGGCCAGACAGGGUCUAUUUCAAAAGCUCGUUCAAGUCUGGGAGGUAUUCGGAGACCACUGAGUGCAAUGUUUGCUUGUCUGGAGAUCUGCCGGUGUGUAACUUCACAGAUCUCUACACGGGUGAGCCCUGGUUCUGUUACAAGCCUCGAAAACUGUCCUGUGCCAGCCGAAUCAGCCAUGCCAAGGGUGGAUAUCAAAAAGGUCUUCUGUCGCAAGAGGAAAGCCUCUUUUUCCAAAGUGAUGUGAAUAUCAAAAGGCCGAUACUCUCCAGUGGACCCGAUUCAGUGAUUGUAAAGCCCAAGGCAUUUACAGACUCAAGCAGUAUGGACAGAGCUGAAGAUCAUAUGGUUUCUCCUUCUGGUUAUUAUUACGAAGACCAGUGGAGGUCCAGAACACACUGGAUCCAUCAUUUUAACGAGUCGGAUGAUAUAACCAAGUGCUUACAAGGAAAAGUAAUCCACUUGUUUGGAGACUCUACAAUAAGGCAGUGGUUUGAGUAUCUGACAGCAUUUGUUCCAGAUCUAGUGGAAUUUAACCUGGGGAGUCCUAAGAACGUGGGCCCGUUCAUGUCUGUGGACCUGAAGCACAAUAUCCUACUGAAGUUCCGCUGUCACGGGCCGCCCAUUCGCUUUUCAACAGUCUUUAGCAGUGAACUGCGCUACAUUGCCAAUGAACUGAAUGGCAUAGUGGGUGGGAGAAACACGGUGAUAGCCAUUACUAUAUGGUCCCACUUCAGCACUUUCCCUGUGGAAGUGUAUAUCCGGCGGCUGAGGAACAUUCGGAGAUCAAUUAUUCAACUGCUGGAUCGCAGCCCCAAGACUGUAAUCAUCAUCAGAACCGCUAAUGUUCAGGAACUUGGGCCAGAAGUGAGCCUCUUUAACAGUGACUGGUAUUCCUUUCAGCUUGAUUCUGUCAUGAGGAAAAUGUUCUCAGGAAUUGCUGUGCACUUGGUGGAUGCUUGGGAGAUGUCUCUGGCUCAUUACUUGCCGCAUAACUUGCACCCAAAAGAAGUUAUUGUUAAGAAUCAAAUAGAUGCAUUUUUAUCUUAUGUGUGCCCUCUGCAAACUUAGCACAAGCGGGUUUCCCUAUGUCAACUUUUGCUGUAGCCGAAGUAAAGUUGCUCUUUGUUGGAGCUAUCGAAUCAUACUGGAUGGUAUGGGAGAACUCUGGUUGUUGUACUUGGCAUGCAAGUACGAACUGUGGUGGCCUUAACUCUGGGUAGCUGUGAUGGGUGGUAAAGAGGAGUUGAUUGAUUGGGCCAUAUCUUCCUGUGAGGUUGAUUCCUUUCAGCCUUAUCACUCAUAUCUGACAUUAUUAGAGAGCACCUUAAGUUAAAUUGACAGGAUUCAAUAAGAAAUUAUGUGGGUUAUUAGCUUUACUAGUUGUCUGCACUGUAUGCUUAAUUUAAUCCAUAUGACACAGAUUCUGUUGACAGAGUCUUGCUGCUCAGAACUGCGUGUGAAGCCUGGGAAAGAUGUUGGGACCAUUCUUUCUCUCGAUGUUCCGGAGUUUGAGGGACAUCUCUUCCAGUUAUAUGUCAGAGAAGUGCAGUGUCCGUUCUUGUUUCAAAGUCCUAAUUAGAAGUAUGAAGGGAGUGUACCAAAAUCACGAAUACCAAUCAAGGAAGCACAGUCAAAAUAUCUGUAGUAUUAAGUCAUCAAGAAUGUGCUGAAAUUUAAUAGAGCAUACUAGUUAGGCACCCUUGGUGUUUACAGAUGGCUGCUAAAUAAUGCAAAUAGCCAGUAUUUUAGUUUGAUUUCCUGUACUACUGAAUUUCUUCUGAGCUUUGAUAUACUACUACUUGAUUUAUCUAUUAUGGAGAAAUGUGUAUAUUGUGACCUCAGUGAAAACACUGUCUCAGGCUGUUUUUGCAAGUUCAAGCUGCAGGCUCACCCACUUGAAGCAUUUACUAAUUAAAGUAUUUCCCUUCCCUGUAAGAUAAAGCUAUUCCGUUAUGCUCUUGCAAAGCUGGGCUUCUGAUAGUUGCUGCUGGACAUCAUUCCUACAUUGUGUCUGUAUGGAGAAGCCAAGUGACCUGAAGGCACUUGAUGGCGUUCGGCAAUGGGUAAUGGUAACUUGCACACCCUAGUGUCAAGGCCGUGUAAUGAUGCCCCUUCUAUGUUUGGCAGCUUUAUAGUUUAUUGAUGAGCUUCAUUGCUGCCAAUAUAAAAGGUCAAAAAAAUUGCACUCAAAAGCCAAACAACACAUGGUUGCCCUUCAUACGGGUGCUUGGUAAAUAUUUGAGGUUUUGCCAGUGUGAAAGCUGGUGGCUCUUGGGCCUCUCGGCAUGGUGUUUUCUGCUGCUAAUUUGAUUAAGCUGGUCUAUAGUUUUAACGAGUAGUGCUUUGAAAAAAAUUUUGAUUAAAUUCAGCCCCCAGAUCAAACAGCAGAGAAGUGUUCCGUGUUGUCUUGUUUCUGGUCCCACUCAGGCCAAAGGUAGUCUUUACCAGUGGCUUUACUGAGGUACCUGUCAGAACAGUAGUGGAGUGCUUCUGAAGCAGCUCAUCAUGCUCAAGGAGAAUAUGCAAGUUGAGUCUUUGUGAGCAAACUGGGAAGAUUAAUUAGACAAAUUGGUAGUUUGCACAGAAUGGAAUAAUGGAAAUGUCUUCAUAUUUUAAAUGCUUUACUUUUCAGGGUUGCUGCUAUGUUAGAAAGAUUGUGUUCUUAUUCCUGCAGCCUCAAGAGACCUAAUGCUAUCAGCUACAGGAAUAGUGUUUUUUGUUUUGUUCAUUUUAAAGGACAGUUUUAAAAUGUUUAAAAAUGACUGGAGGAGUCGCAUACACUGAAAUACCAUUUAUUCUUAGCUUUUCUAGUCAGGCUUAAGGAGGUUCUGUUUGCUAGUUCCUUCUGACAACUGCCUCACAUAGUGUCUGUCCAUACAUUAGCUUUAGGUAACUAUUUCUUACUUUAAUAUGUUAAUGGAAGUUUAUCCUCUGCUAAAGAGGGACCACACCAAUUCAGGUCUGGGAAGGUAAACAACCACAAUGCAAAAUGAUCUUUCAUCUUUUCCAGAUGUGUUUUUUAAAAUAGGCAGAGUGUAAGGCUUUCAUCCUGCAUAACAAAUCUAUCCAAAUAGUGUUAAUGAAAGUAAGACUUCAAACUUUUACUUUGAAGGAAACUACUUAAUUUGCGGACUAACCAUUUGGGUUUCCUCACAAAGUUAUAUCAUGUGUGAAAGUUGUGGUGGCACGUUUCUUGUGCUCACCGCUGCUCUUCAACAGGAACCUUACAUCGCAGUUAGCUACCAAGAACAGAUAUGGAGGAACGAUUUUUUUUUUUAAAGGUUGCGACAAUUGAGGGAAAGAGAACAAGGCUGCUAUUAGCAAAGGUGUCUAAUCGCCUUCUGGUAGAACUUCUGCCUUUUAGAUUAAUUAGAUUAAUAUUUUAUUAACAUUAACUUUUAGGUCAUGAACUUGAGGGAAAUUGCCAGUUAAUUUGGAAUGAGGGCCAAUAUUUCACUUCUUUGGGCUCUGGAAUAGACAGGGACGAGAAAGGGAGAAACUGAGUAGUUACUCAUGUUUUAAGGUGAAGACUGAGGUUGCUAUGCUUCCGUAUGUCAUUCAGUUGAACUAUAAAUGAGUUUUCAUUUCUAUUCUCAUCUUGUUACCAGUUGCACCAGUCUUGUAUGUACUGUAUAUAGAAACAUAGAAGCAAUAAAAUAUUUUUAAAUCACUU